ACACUUCCCAUUGGCGUCUUUCUCACAAAGGCCAGCAGUUUGGGCCUCGGGUCUGGUGCAGUAUCAUAGUGGAUCCUUUCCCCUCCACAGAGAGCCCUGAUAACAUUGAAAAGAGCAUAAUCAGCUCAAGCAAAGGUGAUGAUCUCACCUGCCAGCAAGAGGAAGCUCUUCUUCCGGCUAAAGAAGAAAUUCCACCUGGUGAAACAACUGAGCAGACAGAAGGGACAGGAAGCUGCAUCCCACAGAAGGCCAAAAAUGCUGCCAGCGAGAGGGAGCUCUACAUCCCAUCUGUGGACCUUCUGACUGCCCAGGACCUGCUGUCCUUUGAGCUGUUGGAUAUAAAUAUUGUCCAAGAGUUGGAGAGAGUGCCCCACAACACCCCUGUGGAUUCCACAGUGUCAGUAAAGAAGAGGGCUGAGAACAUUUCUUCAGUGGAGGAAGCAGAAGAUGACCUGAGUGGGACCCAGUUCGUGUGUGAGACUGUAAUCCGAUCCCUUACCUUGGAUGCUGCCCCGGAUCACAAACCACCUUGCAGACAGAAGUCCACGCACAGGGCAGAAUUUCAGUUGCACGCCACAGAGGAACAGCAGCCAGUUGUGCUGCCUGGAUUCUGCAGUAAGGAGUCUUCUUUGAAAUUUGCCUCACCCGAAGAGGGACCACUUGGAGACGAGAGGGAAGAGAUUGUCCGUAUUGUUGAAGAAGAAGCUGUCGUGGAGGAGGAGGAGGAUGAGCUCAAAGAUGAAGUUCAGAGUCAGUCCUCUGCUUCUUCAGAGGAUUACAUCAUCAUCCUGCCCGAGUGCUUUGACACCAGCCGCCCCCUGGGGGACUCCAUGUACAGCUCUGCUCUCUCACAGCCAGGCCUGGAGCGAGGGGCUGAAGGCGAGCCUGGGGUUGAGGCUGGGCAGGAACCAGUCGAGGCUGGGGAGAGACCCCCUGGAGGGGAGAACCAGCCACAGGGGCACAGCAUCAGUGACAUCCUUAUGACCUCACAGACUCUGGACACAGUGCCCCUGACCCCAGAGGUGGUAGGGCCUCCGCCACGGCUGCCCAGGAGUCCUCCGUAUGCACAGCAUCACGGUUCCCCAGGAGUGGAUUUACCAGUUACCGUACCAGAAGUUUUUUCAGUCCCUGAUCAGAGCAGAGGAGAGCCCAGAGGCUCAUCAGGACUUGUAAACAGCAGACAGAAGAGCUAUGACCACUCAAGGCACCACCACGGAAGCAGCAUUGCUGGAGGGCUGAUGAAGGGGGCUUUGUCUGUUGCCGCCUCUGCAUACAAGGCCUUGUUUGCUGGACCACCAGUCACUGCACAGCCAAUAGUUUCCGAAGAUCAGACAGCAGCCCUGAUGUCCCAUCUCUUUGAAAUGGGAUUCUGUGACAGGCAGCUAAACCUAAGGCUGCUGAAGAAACACAAUUACAACAUCCUGCAGGUUGUGACAGAACUCCUUCAGAUCAACAACAACGACUGGUAUAGCCACCGCUACUGAGGAGUGACCUCGUAUUAAAUAACUUUGCCUGCUGCUCAGAGACGAUCUUUAUUCUGUUUUGGGGGUGUGGGGUGGAGGCCCUUGCUUAUUUUUUAAUCUGAUGAAUCUACAUAGAGCCCAUCAUUGAACUAUCAAGACAAUACCUGCCUUGCAGUGUUUUUUGGAGCAAAUCAAAGGCCAGAACUUAAAUUUUCACUUUAGACAUUAGAUGAAUUGUAGGAAGAGCAUUUUUCAAUUGAUCUGGAUAAAACUCUUCUCCGUUUUAGUGCAUUGAAAAGUGCAACUUAAACUUCCUAUAGAACCAUUUUUCUUCCUGCUUGUACUGAAGUUGAGUAUUUUUCUUUGCUUAAUGUGGAUGUUUUUAUGAGGAUAUCUGUUAAUUGUCAGUUUAUAAAAGAAAUUAACCUUGGAAGUUGUUUUCAAGAAUUAUUCUCAUAAUUUUUCUAACCUAUCCCAAGCUUCAUAGCUGUGUGGUAUUAAAAUAACACCCAGGGCGCGAUAGGAAUUUUGUUCCUCUUCCCUUCUCAAGGAGAAAGUCGUUCCCCUGCAAGUCUUAGUAACCGGCACUGUUGUUUUUCAAAAGACCCCCAGUGAUGCGUUUAAGAAUAUCCACCUUCUGGUCUCUGCACUUCUGAGAAAGGAGCGGGGAGUGUGCUCAUUAACCCACCACCACCACCACCAGCUGGUAAAGAGGUAACAAAAACCACUACAGAUUUUAGUCAUAAAAAUUACUUGCAGAUGGGGCUUCCCUGGUGGCGCAGUGGUUGGGAGUCCGCCUGCCGAUGCAGGGGACACGGGUUCGUGCCCCGAUCUGGGAAGAUCCCACGUGCCGCGGAGCGGCUAGGCCCGUGAGCCGUGGCCGCUGAGCCUGCGAGUCCGAAGCCUGUGCUCCACAACGGGAGAGGCCACAACAGUGAGAGGCCCGCGUACCGCCAAAAAAAAAAAAAAAAAAAAAAAAUUACUUGCAGAAAAAGAAGAAUCUGACCCCCAGCCUGAAGGGGGAAGGAUAGUAAAAUAGUAUUACUUAACCUGGUUUGGUAUUAUAAUGAAUGGUGAUUUAAAUUGAUCAUUGGCCUUAAUGAUGUUUAUUUACAGUAUAACUCUUGAAUGCUGUUAAAUAAGCCAGGAUUCAGACUGCAAGCCAACCAGCCUGUUUAUUAUUUAAAACGUUUUUAUGGGGGCUUCUGGGUAGAGGCUGAGCGGCAGGGUGUGUGUGUAAUUAAUUGGGUUGAUUUGGGACGGGAUCUGUCUUGACCAUCUGAGUUGUAUUGUAGGGGUCCAGGAGGGCCCUGGGGGUCCAGUCGUCUGUCCCAUUGUACUUGUACCUAACCGCUUAAAGAAUGGUGAAAUAAACUUUGAAACUCCUA